UUUUCGGCGAAAAUCGAAAUUGGCACGGUCGGAUCCAAUGCAGAUGGGAAGGUAUUUUUAGUCUGUUAAGACGGUGUACGUAAUAAAUCACGCUUGGCGAAGACUUUACCGGCUAUUGUUUGGCUUGCGGACUGGAAAUUGUUUAGUACAUUCCCGGAAUACUCGUUAUAAUCCCAAAAUAUAAUUCCAGUGUUUAACCAUUUUUCUGAGAUUUGUGCUCUAUAAAUUCCAUUCUCCUCAUAAGUGAACGCGAAGUUCCCUGAGCUAAUCAUAGAACCUCGGCGAAAAUCAAAUACAAAUUAGUGGAUUACUAUUGUCCCCAGUGUAGUGCUUGAAAAGAUAAAUAUUAAGUAUUUACUCGCAAACGAAGUGAGAUAAAGUUAGCUGAGUAAUUACCGACAAACAGAUAUUGUCGUAGUCAUGUGUACAUACAAAUUGUGAUGGUGUCGAUAUUUGUGGAUACGUCGAACAGUGGAAAAGAUAUUUGGCAAUUCACGUUAACUUUGUGAGUACAACCGAUUGUAUGAUUACUCAUUACGAAACUGUGAGUACCAAUAAAUGCAUGCAACAAUAAAAUGCAUCAGAGAAUUGGGAUGUUACGAUGACUUACAAAAGAGCUGGUGUCGUAUGGUUUCUAAUAAUGUGUUACAUUAAACUCUCAUCCCCAGCUUACACUAAGAAGAACUCGACAGAAUCAAUAGAUGAUUUAGUUACAACACUAUUCAAGGAAGAUGGCAGUCUUUUGUUGAAUUUAAAAUGGCGAGCACGUUUGAACCCUGGUACAAAUUUAGAUGUAAUUAUAAAUCCACGAGGCGAAGGCUGUUCGAAUAAACCAUGCAGCGAAUAUGGACUUCCUGGUAACACAACAGAGAUAACAUUCCCAAAAGAUGUGGGCCAAUUCAUAGAGUAUGGCCAAUGUACCUUCGAACCGGGGUGCUCCUACUUUGUUAAAGUGACAACAGAAAAGCGGCAUAUCCAGAGAAAUUUAACGAUGACAUUACCAGGAGAUUGCUACUUGGGAAUCUGCUCGUGUAGGCACUUCAAAGAUCUACCAAUUCCUGACGUAUCCGCCGGGAUAUUAGACUCAAAUUCUCUAAACAUCAGUUGGACCAUUCCGCCACUGAAAAGCAAGUUACUCGAAAGAAAUGUUACUCUGAAUAGUGUUUUUAUAAGUAUUUCGCAGGGCAAUACGCAAUUACUCACUUGGGGCGGUAAACAGAGUUCCAUUUACAGCCACUUUUAUCCUCUAAAUUUAACAACAUACAACCAUUCAACAACAAGCAAACAUCAUUUCAAUUUGUCAACAAAACUUGUUCCCGGGUCUUACUACAUAAUAAGAGCUCAUAUUGUCGAUGUGAGAGGCUGUAGAAGUCGAGAAAGUAUCUUCACGCUGCCGGUUCGUGUGACAAAGAAUGAAUCCAGACAGUCAACAGAAAGCACGAGUUCGCAAAUUUUCACACUAAUCAUCCCCAUGGUGAUAGCAUUGCUAAUAGUCGUUUGCGUAGGGAACUACGUUUAUAAGCAUACGUGCAAAGUGAAGCCGUCCACAAAUUGGCGUAGUAUCUACAGGAAUACGCCUCCGAAGCUCCCCCCCGACAGUGGUAUCAAUCAAAUAUCGAUGGAGGAAAAUCUUUUGUACAUGGACAAGGAUAUUUUGGAUGCCCAAGAGAAAGGGAAAGCCGAUAUUUUUGAAGUUCCUCACAGUUGCCUAGUGAUUGGGGAGGAAAUCGGGAAGGGCGCUUUCGGCCGGGUCUUCAAAGCAACCGCUCAUAAUUUGUUGCGGCUUCCGGGAACAACAACGGUAGCAGUUAAACAAUUGAAAAAACGACCAACUACCGACGAAGUUGAGGAAUUUCUUGGAGAGAUUCAGACGAUGAAAGAUGUAGGACGCCAUGAGAAUGUCGUCGCCCUGCUGGGUUGCUGCACAAUCAAGGAACCUCUAAUGAUGAUUAUGGAAUAUGUUGGUCACGGUGACUUGUUACAAUAUCUCCGCAAUGUUCGCAAGAAGCAUUUAGAUACUUUUCGAAUACAAACUAAUGGACUCAUCCCGAUGGGUGAAAUUCCUGUGGCUAAUUCGCAACCACCACGGGGGAGAUACUUGGAAUUAAAGCACUCAGCGAGUACAAUAUCCUCGGAUGCUUCGUAUAUAAAACAACCUGAAACGCCGUCUACCCUGAGGCCAUCGGUUACGGAAACCAUGUACACAAUGCUGACACAGAACUCAUCUGACUCAUCCCAGACUACUUUAGAGACCCUAGACUACGUACUUGAUAACAAGGAAUUGCAUAAUUUCGCCUUGCAGAUAGCUAGGGGGAUGCGACAUUUGGAGGAAAAAGGCAUCACCCAUCGGGACUUAGCAGCUAGAAACAUUCUCAUUGAUGCUCGAAAAACCCUAAAAAUAUCGGAUUUCGGAUUAUCGCGAGCUGGUAUUUACGUGAAUACCAAAACAAAAAAGCUGCCGUUAAGAUGGCUUUCUAUUGAAGCAAUACGAGACAAUCUCUACUCGAGCAGUAGCGAUGUUUGGGCAUUUGCAGUGGUUCUAUGGGAAAUUGGUACUCUUGGAGGCUUUCCUUAUCCAACUGUUAACAAUCACGAAAUUCUAGAAUAUUUAUCACAAGGAAAACGGUUAGAUCGUCCGGAAAUCUGUUCAGAAAUACUCUACCAACUCAUGUUGAAAUGUUGGCAUGAAAAUCCUGAAAGCCGGCCGACGUUUGCUGAAAUCGUGAAACAACUUCAACCACAAAACCAGAAAAUCUAUGUGGACUUCAAUUCGCUGGGACCAGACUAUGUAUUUCCACCAACACGUGAACAAGUACUUGAAAGCCGGAUCAACGAACAGGACAAUACUAAGCACUGAUACCAUAGGAACACCUUCACAGAGUCUUACGUAGGUAUUAGCCCGGCUAUUGUGGAAGACAAUAUCUGAUAUUUAGAAACUUGCAAGAGGACACAAAGAUGUCCUUAAAUAUGCAGCAAAUUUGAAGAAAUGAGAGAGAGAGAGUUUCCUUCGCCCAUACAGGGUAUCACUUUUUAAAAUAGAAACCGAACCCGAAUUAUCUAAGUAUAUAUGUACACACAAAUCCUUGAAAUGUUCCAUACAAUUAAGAAACGUUUCCUGCCGGCCCCCUUGAAUGUUCGAAUGGACUGUACAAAAAUGUAUCUAUAAUAUUCUUAGCACUAUCUAUGCGUAUCUUCUUCUAUUGCGUAAAUUAUUUUACUGUUAAGUAACCACCUGAGAAUAUUCAAUAUUUUUUGGAGCCAUUUUUGGAAAAUUACUAUACAAUUUUACACAAUACUGUUAAGCAACAUUUUGUAAAGAGAAUUUAUUUAAAGUUAAAAGGAAGGAGACGAGAUAAUAUAUUUAGGAGAAUUUUCAUUGUAAGCUGUGAUUCUGUGAUUUUAUUGCAUUCAGUUAGUGUGUAAGUAACUUAAGGUAAAUAUGCUUUUAGAAAUCAAUUAUUUAGAAACUGGGUAUUCUAUGUUUUAUGAUUUUUUCCACCAUCUUAGGGUAUAUUUUUUUAGGAGUAAAGUUAGUUAUGUUUAAUUCUAGUUAGAUAGGCUAGAGGGUAUCGAAGGAAAUUAUAGCAUCUUUGAAUAUAUGUCUGAUUGUUGUUGCAAAAAAUAAAACAUUUACUUAAAAGAGUA